AUUCUUUUUUAAAUUAUAAUAAAAUUAAAAACAACAGUUUAAAAUAAAAAAAUCCUAGGUAUUCUAGGGUAAAUACGUAUUUACUAAAAUGAUAGUUGAGACUAUUGAUUAACCAGCUGAUGUUUGCAAGGUUUGGCGAGUAGUAAUCUAAUAAAAAAAAAAAAACAUUGUAAACUCAUGGAUAUUGAAUACGUAUUUACAGUCUUAACUUUGUUUUGUAACAUUCAUUAAUGAAUAUAAAACAAAUGUUUAAUCAAUAAAUAUUUGAUUCGAAAUCAAGAAUAAACGAGUAUUAUAUCAAAGUAAAAUGGAUAAAUCAACUGCUUCGGAUAUUGUGAUUGUAUCGGGAAACUCACAUCCUGAGCUUGCCGAAUUAAUUGCCAAUCGACUUGGUGUGAAAAAUGGCGGGUGUUUUGUUUACUACAAAACAAAUCGAGAAACAAUGGUCGAAAUUGCUGAUUCUGUACGAGGAAAAGAUAUUUAUAUUAUUCAAACAGGCACUAAAGAUGUUAAUAACAACAUAAUGGAAUUAUUGAUAAUGGCAUACGCUUGUAAAACAUCGUCAGCUAAAAACAUUAUCGGUGUAAUUCCUUACUUACCUUAUUCAAAACAAUGCAAAAUGCGUAAGCGUGGUUGCAUUGUUUCUAAAUUACUUGCAAAAAUGAUGUGUAAAAGUGGUCUUACACAUAUCAUAACAAUGGACCUUCAUCAAAAAGAAAUUCAAGGAUUUUUUGAUUGUCCUGUUGACAACUUACGUGCUAGUCCAUUCCUUCUUCAGUAUAUUCAAGAAAGUGUACCGGAUUACCGUAAUUCUGUAAUAGUUGCAAAAAAUCCAGGAAGUGCUAAAAAAGCCACCAGUUAUGCUGAAAGACUUCGAGUUGGAAUAGCUGUCAUUCAUGGUGAGCAACGAGAAUCUGAGUCUGAUAUGAAUGAUGGACGUAAUUCGCCACCACCAACUGUACUGUUGUCAUCAAGAACUAUGGAAGUUGGUGUUGGUGUACCAUCACAUCCAGCUAAAGAAAAACCUCCAAUAAAUGUUGUUGGUGAUGUGAAUGGUCGUAUUGCGAUUAUGGUCGAUGAUAUGGUAGAUGAUGUUCAAUCAUUUGUUGCUGCAGCUGAAGUUUUAAAAGAACAAGGAGCUAAUAAAAUUUAUGUUCUUGCUACACACGGACUCCUUAGUUCAGACGCUCCAAGACUCAUUGAAGAAUCACCUAUUGAUGAGGUCGUCGUUACUAAUACUAUUCCACAUGAAAUACAAAAGAGCCAAUGCUCAAAAAUUAAAACUGUCGAUAUAAGUAUUCUAGUAGCAGAAGCUAUUCGUCGUAUUCACAACAAAGAAUCAAUGUCUUAUCUGUUCAAAAAUGUCACUACUGAAGACUAAAUAUUUUAUUUGAUAUAAAAUAUUAAGUAUAAAGUAAAAAAAAGGAUCGUCGCCUUAAACAAUGGAGAAUAAAUAAAAAAAAAUUAAAUAACUUUAUUUGACAUAAAGUAAUGAAAGUUUUAUAAAUCUAAAAAAUAAUAAUCAACACAAAAUGGAAAUAUAUAUUAAAACAUACAACAGUUCCGUGUUAGGGACCAGAUCAGGGUUAUGUAUAUUCCUCAAUUUUUAUAUGAUAUUUUUAUAUAUUUUUUCGAUAAACAAUCACAAACAAGAAGAAAGAAUGAAUUUUUGAAACGAACUACUAUUAGACUUUUUUUUUUUAUUAAUUUAUAUUACUAAGUAUACUAUUUUUUUUUUUUUUGUUCGCUGUAUUACAAUAAUUGAAAUUUCAUAUUUCAUUAUAUUUAACAUAAGGGUUCU